UAUGGUAUUUUGUUUUUAAUUAUUUGUGUCGAGUGCAUACGAUAUUAAAUGUUAAUAAUAAGUAAUAACUUUACUUUCAGGCAUGUUAGAUGUAAACGACUACGACGAUUUUAUGAAAGUUUUUCCAAAAUAUUAUGACACAAUUCAUGAGUACAAUGAACUAAUGCAAAGUCGUUAUCUAGAUCCAGUUUCAAAAGAUAAUUUCAAAAUAUCUAAGGAAGUGCAUCCACACAUUAUUGACAAGGAUUUUGAUGGCUACUUAUCAAGAAUAGUAAAUUAUAGCUUAUCUCCAAUAAGUGAAUCAAAGGAUUUUCUUACAUUAAUAGAUAAUUUUCCUAGACCAUUUGAACCCAUUACGACUUACAAAAAGAGAUUACCUAAUGUCUUAAUAACUUACAACCCGGCAUCUAUGACCAUUAGUUACAGCUAAGGUGGCACAAAAGUUAGUUAUAAUGGGUAUGUAUACCAUUAUGAUAUCAUAUUCUGAAAACAAGAAUAAUGGAAAGGUAUGCAUUAUUUUAAAAUUGAGCUGUAUAAGUUAGUUGUUUUUAGGAAGUCCAUUAUCAUAGAUUAUAAUU